UGUAGAAUCUUUUUUUCAUUCCAAUACGAACCACCCCAAACUCAAUUCCCUCCCCGACUCUCCACUCCGGCCCCCUUGCGCACUCCUCUUCAUCAAUUUAAUCCGGUUCAUGGAUCCACCACCGGUUCACACGACCCGGCUCGGCCGGCUCAACGCGGCGGUGGACCGGUCGUGGGUCGGGAGGCGGUUCAAGAUCGGUGAGCGCGGCUCCACCUUCUCCACCGAGCUCCGCGCCGGCACCACCACCUUCCUCACCAUGGCCUACAUCCUCGCCGUCAACGCCUCCAUCCUCACCGACUCCGGCGCCACCUGCACCGUCUCCGACUGCACCUACCCCUCCCCCUCCUGCAAGUUCCCGCCCGUCGACCCUGGCUAUGCGGCGUGCCUCGACCGUGUCCGCCGCGACCUCAUCGUCGCCACCGCCGCCUCAUCCAUCAUCGGGUGCUUCAUCAUGGGCGCGUUCGCCAACCUCCCCUUGGCCGUAGCCCCCGGGAUGGGCACCAACGCCUACUUUGCUUACUCCGUCGUCGGAUUCCAUGGAUCCGGUAACCUAUCCUACCGUACUGCCCUUGCCGCGGUGUUUCUUGAGGGAAUCUUCUUCCUCCUCAUCUCUGCGGUCGGUCUCCGAGCGCGCCUUGCGAAGCUCGUCCCCUGCCCGGUCCGAAUCUCCUCAUCGGCGGGGAUCGGGCUGUUCCUCGCCUUCAUCGGGCUGCAGAACAAUGAAGGCGUCGGUUUGGUCGGAUUCAGCUCUUCGACGCUCGUGACGCUCGGCGCAUGCCCCAGGUCGUCACGGGUGCCUGUCGCGCCAGUCCAGACCUUCGCGAACGGCACGGUCGCGUUGUUGCCCGGGGGGACCGUCUCCAGCGAAAUUUUGUGCCUCAGCGGCAAGAUGCAGAGCCCAACGUUCUGGCUCGCCGCCGUUGGGUUCUUCAUCAUCGCCUUCUGCCUCAUCAAGAACAUCAAGGGCGCUAUGAUCUACGGCAUCGUGUUUGUCACCGCCGUCUCAUGGUUCCGACACACCUCAGUCACCGCAUUCCCCAACACUCCGACGGGGAACGACUCCUACAACUACUUCAAGAAGGUCGUCGACGUGCACCGCAUCAAGUCGACUGCUGGAGCCCUCAGCUUCAAGGGGAUCGGAAAGGGGUUCUUCUGGGAGGCGCUGGUGACGUUCCUCUACGUCGACAUACUCGACACGACCGGCACCCUGUACUCGAUGGCCCGCUUCGCGGGCUUCGUCGACCAGAACGGCGACUUCGAGGGGCAGUACUUUGCGUACAUGUCGGACGCGACGGCCAUCGUUACGGGCUCGUUGCUGGGCACGUCGCCAGUGACGGCGUUCAUCGAGUCGUCGACGGGGAUCAAAGAAGGCGGGCGGACGGGGCUGACGGCGGUGGCGGUGGCGGCGUACUUCUUCCUGGCCUUCUUCUUCACGCCGCUGCUGGCGUCGAUCCCGGCGUGGGCGGUGGGCCCGCCGCUGGUGCUCGUGGGGGUGCUGAUGAUGAAAUCAGUGGCCGAGAUCGACUGGCAGGACAUGAAGGAGGCGAUCCCGGCGUUCAUGACCCUGCUGCUCAUGCCCCUCACGUACUCCAUCGCCUACGGACUCAUCGGGGGGAUUGGAACCUACAUUAUACUGCACCUGCUUGAUUGGGCCUGGGCCGGGUUGGCCCGUUUUGGGAGUGGGCCCACAGUGAAAGAUGGGCCCGUAGGCCAUGAUGAGGCCGAUGGGGCCGGGUCGAGUAAUGACAGUUGUGAUCAUAAGGAGAAGCGCGUGGAGUGCGCUUAAAAAUUGGAUAGUUUUGAUAUUUUCGUGUGUUUUUUUUUUCAUUUUUCUUUCGUUGGGUGCUUUGAUUAUGGUGGUAAGUACAGAGAAAAAAAAUGCGAAUGCAGAUGUGACUAUGUUACAUUAUUGUUGAUA